AUGCUUCUUUUUUGGCUGUACUACUUCAGUGUCGUCGCUGGCCAGAUCCGCUACUCUAUACCAGAGGAGAUGAAGAAGGGCUCUCUCAUUGGUAAUGUAGCGCAGGAUCUUGGUUUGGAUCUGAAAAGGCUCCAUUCUGGUCGGGCCCGUAUAGUGACCGGAGAAAACAUCCAGUACACCGAGCUGAAGACAGACAAAGGGAUUCUAGUCGUGAAUGAGAGAAUAGACCGAGAGCAGCUUUGUAGAGAUGUAAUGCCGUGUAGUUUCAGCUUCGAAAUCAUUUUAGAAAAUCCUAUGGAGCUACACCACGUAACAAUUGAAGUGUUAGACGUGAAUGACCAUCCUCCAGUAUUCAAGAAAUCAAAUAUCAUGUUGGACAUAAGCGAGUCAGCUAAUCUUGGUGCGCGAUUUGUGUUGGACAGUGCAGAGGAUCCUGACGUAGGCGUCAAUGGCCUGCAAAAUUACGUUUUAACUUCAAACGACAAUUUCUUGUUAAAGCAGCAUGUAAAUCCAGACGGGAGUAAAUAUGCUGAGAUGGUGCUCCAGAAGCAGUUAGAUAGAGAGGAGGUUCCCCAUCUUUCUUUAAAGCUUAUAGCGAUGGAUGGUGGCAAUCCACAGAGAUCUGGCACCGUUAAUAUAAACAUAAUGGUUUUAGAUGCCAAUGACAAUGCGCCCGUUUUUAACCAGUCAGUUUAUAAAGCAACGGUGAUAGAAAAUGCAGCAAAGGGCACUCAAAUUGUUACUGUUAAUGCUACAGACGCAGAUAGUGGAUCUAAUGGUUAUAUCACAUAUUCUAUUUCAAACGUGAAGAGCAAUAUUGCCGAUUUGUUGUCCAUCGAUCCAGUUUCUGGUGUAUUAUCUGUUUCUGGCCAAAUAGAUUUUGAAAUGGAUAAAAAAUAUGAGCUCAGAAUAGAUGCAAAGGAUCAGGGGGGCUUGACGGAUUCAAGUAAAGUGAUAAUUGAAGUAAGUGAUGUAAAUGACAACGCCCCUGUCAUAAGCGUCAUGUCAUUCACUAGUCCUGUGUCAGAGGACUCCCCUCCUGGUACCACUAUUGGUAUUAUAAAUGUAAAAGAUCUUGAUUCGGGUGAAAACGGAAGAGUGAAUUGCAAAAUAGAACAAAAUGCACCUUUCAAGAUUAAAUCCAAUUUAAGAAAUUACUACACGUUGCUAACAGAUACCGUAUUCGAUCGUGAACGUGUGUCACAGUAUAAUAUCACUGUAGUUGCAACAGAUGCAGGAAGGCCUCCUCUCUCAACAAAAAGAACAUUUUAUUUAAAAGUUUCAGAUGUAAAUGAUAAUGCUCCAGUGUUUCCACAAAGCGUUUACAGUGCGUUUAUGACAGAGAAUAACUCUCCAGGAGUUUCUGUUCUCACUGUUAAGGCUAAAGAUCCUGAUGAAAAUCAAAAUGCUCGUAUUUCUUAUAUUCUGGAAAAUACUAAUAUCGGUGGAUCUCCUGUUUCUGAAUAUGUUUCUAUCAAUUCAGAAAGUGGAGUAAUACAUGCAGUGCGCGCUUUGGAUUAUGAACAAAUCAAACAUAUUAUUUUAAUGAUCAAAGCACAGGAUGGAGGCUCUCCUCCACUCAGUAGCAAUGUAACUGUGAAAAUAAUAAUCCAAGACCAGAACGACAACCCCCCUCAGGUUCUGUACCCAGUCCAGACUGGUGGCUCUGUGGUGGCUGAAAUGGUUCCUCGUUCAGUAGAUGUGGGCUAUCUGGUGACUAAAGUGGUGGCUGUGGAUGUGGACUCUGGACAGAAUGCCUGGCUCUCCUAUAAACUGCAGAAAGCCACAGACAGGGCGCUGUUUGAAGUGGGCUUACAGAAUGGAGAAAUAAGAACUAUCCGCCAGGUGACUGAUAAAGAUGCUGUGAAACAAAGACUGACUGUUAUAGUGGAGGACAACGGGCAGCCCUCUCGUUCAGCUACAGUCAUUGUUAACGUGGCGGUGGCGGACAGCUUCCCUGAAGUGCUAUCAGAGUUCACUGACUUUACACACGACAAGGAUUACAAUGACAACCUGACGUUUUACUUAGUGUUGGCUCUGGCUGUAGUUUCCUUCCUCUUCAUCACGUGUUUAGUGGUUAUUAUAUCCGUGAAGAUCUACAGAUGGAGACAGUCUCGCAUCCUGUAUCACUCCAAUCUCCCUGUGAUUCCAUAUUAUCCACCACGUUACUCAGACACUUUGGGGACAGGGACUCUCCAACACGUGUACAAUUACGAGGUGUGCAGGACGACUGACUCCAGAAAGAGUGACUGUAAGUUCGGCAGAGCUGGUAGUCAAAACGUGCUGAUAAUGGACCCCAGUUCUACAGGGACGAUGCAGCGGAUACAGAGUGAAAGGAGCAUCCUGGAUGAACCAGAGUCUCCUCUUGAGGUUAGUUCAGCUUUAUCAUCAGAGUCAAAGACACAAUAUCUGUUUUCAAGUGUAAGAUGGCGAUUGUCUUGUAUAUUACGAUGGGAAGUAGGCUUUCUCAUUUUGCUUACUUUCAUGGCUGAUCGAGUGGCUGGUCAGAUUCGUUAUUCUAUACCAGAGGAGAUGAAAAAGGGCUCUAUUAUUGGCAAUGUAGCACAAGACCUCGGUCUGGAUCUGAAACGGCUUCGCUCUGGCCGUGCCCGUAUCGUGAGUGGGGAAAACAUCCAGUACAUUGAGCUGAAGACGGACAAAGGGACUCUAGUCGUGAAUGAGAGAAUAGACCGAGAGCAGCUUUGUGGAGACGUGACACCGUGCUGCCUCAGCUUCGAAAUCAUUUUAGAAAAUCCAAUUGAACUUCAUCAUGUAACUGUCGAAAUUUUAGAUAUUAAUGACAAUGCCCCCUUCUUUCCAAAUAAAGACAUCAUGUUUGAAAUGAGCGAAUCUGCUACAAUCGGAGCUAAAUUUCCUGUUGAAAGCGCAGUUGAUCCUGACGUUGGAUUAAACGCAUUACAAAAUUACAUUAUAUCUCCGAAUAAUUAUUUUAUUCUCAAACAGCAUGCAAAUCCAGACGGCAGUAAAUACGCUGAAUUGGUCCUUCAGAAGCCAUUAGACAGAGAGGAACACCCUAAUCUUCCUCUGAAAGUAAUAGCUGUCGACGGUGGAAACCCACAGAGAUCUGGCACUGUGGAUAUAAAUGUGUCUGUUUUAGACGCAAACGACAAUGCUCCUGUAUUCAAUCAGUCAGUUUACAGGGCCGUCGUUGUGGAAAAUGCAUCAAAAGGGACUUAUAUUACAACCGUUAACGCUACUGAUGCAGACAUUGGCUCUAAUGGGGAAAUAAUAUUCAGUUUUGCGAAAAUCAAAGGCAGUACGGUCGAUAUGUUUAGUGUAGACGAAAACACGGGUGUCAUUUCAGUUUCAGGGCUUAUAGACUUUGAGAAAGAGAAGAAAUAUGAGCUCAGGCUAGAGGCAAGGGAUCGAGGAGGUUUGACUGGGACCAGUAAAAUAAUAAUUGAUGUAAGUGACGUUAAUGACAAUGUCCCUGUAAUUAAUAUCAUGUCAUUUUCUAAUACUGUAUCGGAAGAUGCUCCCCUUGGCACGACAGUAGCUGUCAUCAAUGUCAAAGACGCCGACUCAGAGAAAAACGGACAGAUAAAAUGUACUAUAGACAAAACGCUUCCCUUUCAAAUCCAGUCGUCAUUAACGAACUACUAUAAUUUGGUGGCAGACCAGCAUUUUGAUAGAGAGACUAUUUCUGAAUAUGAUAUUACAAUAAUAGCCACCGACUCAGGGUCCCCUCCUCUUUCCAGCUCCGUCACAUUGCAACUUAGUAUCUCUGACGUAAAUGACAAUGGGCCAUUGUUCGACAAGAACUCCUAUUCUGCCUACGUCACAGAGAAUAAUUCCCCUGGAGUGUCCGUCAUCACUGUCAGCGCGCGCGACUCUGAUUGGAAUCAAAACGCCAGGAUCUCUUAUUUUCUUGAGGACACACAAAUCAGCGGCAAUCCCGUGUCUAACUAUUUGUCCAUAAACUCUGAAACUGGGAUUUUACACGCGGUGCGUUCGUUUGAUUAUGAACAAAUCAAAGAACUUUACCUCACUGUGAAAGCGCAGGAUGGAGGCUCUCCUCCACUCAGUAGCAAUGUGACAGUGAAAAUAAUAAUCCAGGACCAGAACGACAACCCCCCUCAAGUUUUGUACCCAGUCCAGACUGGUGGCUCUCUGGUGGCUGAAAUGGUUCCUCGUUCAGCAGAUGUGGGCUAUCUGGUGACUAAAGUGGUGGCUGUGGAUGUGGAUUCUGGACAGAAUGCCUGGCUCUCCUAUAAACUACAGAAAGCCACAGACAGGGCGCUGUUUGAAGUGGGCUUACAGAAUGGAGAAAUAAGAACUACCCGCCAGGUGACUGAUAAAGAUGCUGUGAAACAAAGACUGACUGUUUUAGUUGAGGACAACGGGCAGCCCUCUCGUUCAGCUACAGUCAUUGUUAACGUGGCGGUGGCGGACAGCUUCCCUGAAGUGCUGUCAGAGUUCACUGACUUUGCACACGACAAGGAGUACAAUGAUAACCUGACUUUUUACUUAGUGUUGGCUCUGGCUGUAGUUUCCUUCCUCUUCAUCACGUGUUUAGUGGUUAUUAUAUCAGUGAAAAUCUACAGAUGGAGACAGUCUUGCAUCCUGUAUCACUCUAAUCUCCCUGUGAUUCCAUAUUAUCCACCACGUUACUCAGACACUUUGGGGACAGGGACUCUCCAACACGUGUACAAUUACGAGGUGUGCAGGACAAGUGACUCCAGAAAGAGUGACAUGAAAUAUAUGCAACCGAUGAGUCAAAGUUUAGUGAGUGUGGAUGGAGCUGAGGCUGAUACACCGCAGGUGGAAAAGCAGCUGUCAGGGACCUGCUCUCUAAUGUCAACAUUGAAGGAUUACUGCGUGUGUACUCUUGGAUUUAUGAUGGGGUGGAUGUGGAUAACCGUCUGCAGAGGCCGAUGGCAAGCACUGUUUGUCAUUCUUUGUCUUUUCAAGCUGAGCUCAGUGACCGGGCAGGCUCGGUAUUCCAUACCGGAGGAGCAGGCAGAAGGGUCUUUCGUUGGAAAUAUUGCUAGAGAUUUAGGCUUGGAUGUGGCGAGACUCAUAUCAGGUAAAGCUCGCAUUAUUACAAAAGGAAGUCGACAGUAUGUGGAUUUAAACCGAGACAAAGGCACACUUGUUAUUAAAGAGCGAAUCGACCGAGAAGAGCUUUGUGGACAGACGACGCCCUGUAGCUUCAGUUUUGAGGUUAUUUUAGAAAAUCCAAUUCAGCUUUAUCGGGUAACAGUGGAGGUAACAGACAUUAAUGAUAACAGUCCGUCGUUCCCAAAGGAUGAAAUCAAUUUGAAAAUUGCUGAAAGCGUUGCUUUAGGAACUCGUUUCUCUUUGGUGAGUGCAGACGAUCCCGAUGUUGGUAUUAAUGAUAUUCAGAAAUACACACUUAAACCCUCAGAUCAUUUCAAAUUGGAGAUACAGAGCCAAGCAGAUGGAGGCACAUUUAUUGAAAUGGUUUUACAGACUCCGCUAGAUCGUGAAAAAGAGGAGACUCACUCACUCGUGUUGAUUGCUUCAGAUGGCGGUGAGCCACACAGAUCAGGGACAGUGCAUAUUCAGAUAUAUGUUCUAGAUGCAAACGAUAAUGCGCCAGUGUGUAGCCAGCCUGUUUAUAAAGCAGAUAUCAGGGAAAAUUCUCCUGAAGGAUCGGUGGUAACCACUGUUAGUGCAAAUGAUGCAGAUAAAGGAGUCAAUGGUGAAGUCACUUAUUCUUUUCCCCAUGUCGCUAAAGAGGCGAAGCAGCUGUUUGAAGUAAAUUCUAAAACAGGAGAGAUUAAAGUUACAGGUAAACUAGAUUUUGAAAAAUCUAAGACCUAUCAAUUAAAUGUUCAGGCUAGUGACCACGGGGGAUAUACAGAUACGUGCAAAGUUAUUGUUCAAAUACUUGAUGAAAAUGACAAUGUCCCUACAAUACAGCUUAUGUCAUUUUCUAACUCUAUAUCGGAGGAUUCUCCCCCCGGUACAACUAUAGCUGUUGUUAACGUGGAUGAUGAAGACUCUGAUGGUAACGGUGUUGUCAAGUGCUCCAUUAUUUCUGACGUACCUUUCAAAAUUGAGUCUUCAUUAACAGGAUAUUAUACAAUAGUAACAGAAGACUUCUUAGACAGAGAAAGUAUUCCUGAGUAUAAUAUCACCAUAACCGUCUCUGACCAAGGCUCUCCGCCUCUGUCUAACAGUAAAAACAUUAAUGUUAAAGUGUCUGACGUGAAUGACAGCCCACCCAAAUUCAAGCAGUCAGAAUAUAGUAAGACUGUACCAGAGAACAACUCUCCCGGAUUAUCUGUGUUUACUAUCAGUGCUAGUGAUGCAGACUGGGGUCAAAACGCUCGAGUGUCUUACUUCCUGGAGGAGAAAGAGAUUAAUGGAGUAUCUGUGUCGUCAUUAGUGUCCAUAAACUCAGAAAACGGUGUCGUUCAUGCAGUGAGGUCGUUUGAUUAUGAACAAAUCAAAUGGUUUGAAUUCAAUGUGACUGCGCGUGAUGCCGGAUCUCCUCCUCUGAGUUCGGUUGCUACAGUGAAAAUAAUAAUCCAGGACCAGAACGACAACCCCCCUCAAGUUUUGUACCCAGUCCAGACUGGUGGUUCUCUGGUGGCUGAAAUGGUUCCUCGUUCAGCAGAUAUGGGCUAUCUGGUGACUAAAGUGGUGGCUGUGGAUGUGGAUUCUGGACAGAAUGCCUGGCUCUCCUAUAAACUGCAGAAAGCCACAGACAGGGCGCUGUUUGAAGUGGGCUUACAGAAUGGAGAAAUAAGAACUAUCCGCCAGGUGACUGAUAAAGAUGCUGUGAAACAAAGACUGACUGUUUUAGUUGAGGACAACGGGCAGCCCUCUCGUUCAGCUACAGUCAUUGUUAACGUGGCGGUGGCGGACAGCUUCCCUGAAGUGCUGUCAGAGUUCACUGACUUUGCACACGACCAGGAGUACAAUGAUAACCUGACUUUUUACUUAGUGUUGGCUCUGGCUGUAGUUUCCUUCCUCUUCAUCACGUGUUUAGUGGUUAUUAUAUCAGUGAAAAUCUACAGAUGGAGACAGUCUCGCAUCCUGUAUCACUCCAAUCUCCCUGUGAUUCCAUAUUAUCCACCACGUUACUCAGACACUUUGGGGACAGGGACUCUCCAACACGUGUACAAUUAUGAGGUGUGCAGGACAAGUGACUCCAGAAAGAGUGACAUGAAAUAUAUGCAACCGAUGAGUCCAAGUUUAGUGAGUGUGGAUGGAGCAGGGGCAGAUACAACACAGGUGGAAAAGCAGCUGACAGGGACCUGCUCUCAAAUGUCAACCUUGUAUUUAGAGAAAGUGCACUUGAACGGAUUUCAGAGGUGCCUCGGUUUCGCUGUCCAUGGUGCUGGAAAAGGCCGAUGGCAAGCACUGUUUGUCAUUCUUUGUCUUUUCAAGCUGAGCUCAGUGACCGGGCAGGCUCGGUAUUCCAUACCGGAGGAGCAGGCAGAAGGGUCUUUCGUUGGAAAUAUUGCUAGAGAUUUAGGCUUGGAUGUUGCGAGGCUCAUAUCAGGUAAAGCUCGUAUUAUUACAAAAGGAAGUCGACAGUAUGUGGAUUUAAACCGAGACAAAGGCACACUUGUUAUUAAAGAGCGAAUCGACCGAGAAGAGCUUUGUGGACAGACGACGCCCUGUAGCUUCAGUUUUGAGGUUAUUUUAGAAAAUCCAAUCCAUCUUUAUCGGGUAACAGUGGAGGUAACAGAUAUUAAUGAUAACAGUCCGUCGUUCCCAAAGGAUGAAAUCAAUUUGAAAAUUGCCGAAAAUGCUGCAGCGGGGACCCGCUUCUCACUAGAGAGUGCAGACGAUCCUGAUGUUGGUUUUAAUAAUAUUCAGAAAUACACACUUAAACCCUCAGAUCAUUUUAAAUUGGAAAUACAGAGUCAACCUGAUGGAGGCAAAUUUAUCGAAAUGAUUUUAAAGAAUCCGUUAGACCGAGAGAAAGAGGAGAUUCAUUCACUCGUAUUGAUUGCUUCAGAUGGCGGUGAACCACACAGAUCAGGGACAGUACAUAUUCAUAUCACUGUGCUUGAUGUUAACGAUAAUGCGCCAGUGUGCAGACAGCCUGUUUAUAAAGCAGAUGUCAGAGAAAAUUCUCCCGAAGGAACGGUGGUAACCACUGUUAGUGCAAAUGACGCAGAUGAAGGACUCAGUAGUGAAGUAAUUUAUUCUAUCGCUCAUGUCGCUAAAGAGGCGAAGAAGCUGUUUGAAGUAAAUAUGAAAACAGGAGAGAUUAAAGUUACAGGUAAACUGGAUUUUGAAAAAUCUAAAACUUACCAAUUAAAUGUUAAGGCUAGUGACCACGGGGGAUUUACAGAUACGUGCAAAGUUAUUGUUAAAAUACUUGAUGAAAAUGACAAUGUCCCUACAAUACAGCUUAUGUCAUUUUCUAACUCUAUAUCGGAGGACUCUCCUCCCGGUACAACUAUAGCUGUUGUUAACGUGGAUGAUGAAGACUCUGAUGGUAACGGUGUUGUCAAGUGCUCCAUAACCUCUAACGUACCUUUCAAAAUUGAAUCUUCAUUAACAGGAUAUUAUACAAUAGUAACAGAAGACUUCUUAGACAGAGAAAGUAUUCCUGAGUAUAAUAUCACCAUAACCGUCUCUGACCAAGGCUCUCCGCCUCUUUCUAGUAGCAAAAACAUUAAUGUUAAAGUGUCUGACGUGAAUGACAGCCCACCCAAAUUCAAGCAGUCAGAAUAUAGUAAGACUGUACCAGAGAAUAACUCUCCCGGGUUCUCUGUGUUUACUCUCAGUGCUAGUGAUGCAGACUGGGGCCAAAACGCCCGAGUGUCUUACUUUCUUGAGGAGAAAGAGAUUAAUGGAGUAGCUGUGUCGUCAUUACUGUCCAUAAACUCAGAAAACGGUGUCGUUCAUGCAGUGAGGUCGUUUGAUUAUGAACAAAUCAAAUGGUUUGAAUUCAAUGUGACUGCACGUGAUGCUGGAUCUCCUCCUCUGAGUUCAGUUGCUACAGUGAAAAUAAUAAUCCAGGACCAGAACGACAACCCCCCUCAGGUUCUGUACCCAGUCCAGACCGGUGGCUCUGUGGUGGCGGAAAUGGUGCCUCGUUCAGCAGAUGUGGGCUAUCUGGUGACUAAAGUGGUGGCUGUGGAUGUGGAUUCUGGACAGAAUGCCUGGCUCUCCUAUAAACUACAGAAAGCCACAGACAGGGCGCUGUUUGAAGUGGGCUUACAGAAUGGAGAAAUAAGAACUAUCCGCCAGGUGACUGAUAAAGAUGCUGUGAAACAAAGACUGACUGUUAUAGUGGAGGACAACGGGCAGCCCUCUCGUUCAGCUACAGUCAUUGUUAACGUGGCGGUGGCGGACAGCUUCCCUGAAGUGCUGUCAGAGUUCACUGACUUUACACACGACAAGGAGUACAAUGAUAACCUGACUUUUUACUUAGUGUUGGCUCUGGCUGUAGUUUCCUUCCUCUUCAUCACGUGUUUAGUGGUUAUUAUAUCAGUGAAAAUCUACAGAUGGAGACAGUCUCGCAUCCUGUAUCACUCCAAUCUCCCUGUGAUUCCAUAUUAUCCACCACGUUACUCAGACACUUUGGGGACAGGGACUCUCCAACACGUGUACAAUUACGAGGUGUGCAGGACGACUGACUCCAGAAAGAGUGACAUGAAAUAUAUGCAACCGAUGAGUCCAAGUUUAGUGAGUGUGGAUGGAGCAGGGGCAGAUACACCACAGAUGGAAAAGCAGCUGACAGGGACCUGCUCUCAAAUGUCAACCUUGUAUUUAGAGAAAUUGCACUUGAACGGAUUUCAGAGGUGCUUCGGUUUCGCUGUCCAUGGUGCUGGAAAGUUGGUCAAUUAA